UUUCAGGAGCUCAAUCCUUACGAUUUCUUUACACGGCAAAUUCGUAAAAUGGGGGAAAGUGAGGAAUGUGAGGCCUAUUCGUGUAUGGAGAGGCAUUCUUCGUGGAAAGCCGAAAGAGCCAAAGUUCUGGGUUUUGUACCCCAGCGGGAAGUAGUCUACAAUCGAUUCCUCCCUUAUUCCUCUGAACUUGAUGAUGAAUCCAACCAGCUGCUCUCUGUGAUCAAGGCAAACCUUGGGAGGAGUGUGAUGUUGAGGGAAGUUCGUCCUGGGUUUGUUACCUGGAUGGUUCGCCUCUUCAGGUACGUCAAAGUAUAUGGGAUGAAGUUCAGCAAAGAUGAUCAUGUGAUAUUUGUGAAGUUGCUAUAUGAAAUGGUGACCCUGCCAGACCUGGACUACUUCAUUGUGAAGAAGACUGCUCAAGUACUCAUCACAUUCCUGAAGAAGAGAGAACUUCUGUCACCUGAAGACCUCCAAUUGCCAUGGCGGCCCCUAUUUGACCUUUUGAAGCGUCUCACUUCUUCCACAGUCCAAAGUCUACAAAUGAUUCUCCCUCCUCCCUACUUUCCAUUGGGGACAACACAGGAGGUUCUAGAUGAAGUUCGUCCAAUGUUCUGCCCAUUCGAUUUGAAAAUGCUGGAUGCUCUCACAUACUGUGAAUUGUUCUUGCCCACUCUAUUGCCUCCUGAGCAUCAUGACAAGGGAUUUAAGCUCUGGUUUGAGGAGUUUAUGACUUUUUGGCAGAUGUGUUCCAACUCUGCACCUUGGGAACAUGAGAUGAUGUGGCUGAUGGGCCGUCUUGCUUAUGACAAUGUUGGUUACAUUGACUGGGAGCCAUAUAUGCCAAUGAUCUUCUUGAAGCUCCUACAGAGCUUCUAUCUUCCUGUCACUUACAAAAAAGUCUCACCUGGAAAUACUUGCCUUGAUAUUCAACCUGCAGUCAUGUGGAUCACUGGGACUUUGGGAGGAGGGAGUACAUGUGGAGACCACUUGAAGAAACUAUUUUCUGCACUUGAAUCAUAUUUCCAUCCUGCCAACUUGGGGCGUUGGCAGAAAAGCUUGGCUGACUUCCUGUGGAAGCUCUCAUCCUCCUUCACCAAGAGACUUCAUCGGGAGAGAGACAAGAGGCCGAAGUGGGAGCCAAAGAUUCCUGAACCAUAUCUCCUCAAAGAGGAGGAUAUUGAUCACUUUGUCCAGUGCCUUCUCCCAUCUGCUCUUCUCACCAUUUACCAUAAACUUGGACUCAAGGAAGCAGGUUUAACCUUGCAUUUCCUGGCAUUACUGCGACCUGAGAAGGUCAUCGCACCUGUGGUUGACAAAUUGUAUGCAGCACACGAGACAUUGACGGAGCCACACCGCCUGACGGCAACCAUGCAGUGUCUGACGUGGAUGGCAAGGAGCAUGAUGAUCCAUGACAAGCUCCGAUGUCAUGCCAUUCCAUUGUUGCAUAUGUCAUUGCCUGGCAUUGAUCCAAAUGACCAUUUCAAGUGCAUGAUCACCUUCCACUUCAUCUCCGUGUUUGCCUCUUUGGUCACAUUUGUUGACUGUCACUCAGCUGCUGAUUUCAAUGAUAAUCUAAGCGAGGCAGAACAGGAAGUGUGCAUGGCCUCAGAGGGUUUUGAGGAGUUUGUGCUCCAGUUCCUGGACAAGUGUUUCAUGCUGGUGGAGAGUUCAGGUCAGGCACCUACAAUGCGACUGGACCGAGACAUUCUGCGGAUGAACAGGGAAGAAUCUCAUGAGGAAGUUGGUCUUGCUUCCACUGUGGCUGGCAUCCUCAUGCAAUCCUCCCCUUCCAUCUUCCAUAGUGCUUUAGACAAGAUUCAGACAUUCAUUCGUGGUCGGUCAUUUGAGCCAAAGGUAUCUGGUCGAUUUAUUGCUGCCAUCUGCAAGUCAGCUGCAAAAGUGAACCCUAAGGUUACAUAUGCUGUGUUUAUGCCAAGGAUAUUCCGUGAGAUCCUGAGUGUGAUGGAUAGUGGGGCUGACAUCCAAAAGGAAGAAAAUUUAGAUGAGAGUAUAAUCUUCAACUUGCUUCUACUCACUGAAAUUGCAAGAACACCUGGGUCUGAGGAGCUGAUGGAAUAUCUUCCUCAGAUUGAAAAGGUCCUAAAUGUAACCCUGCAUGUGAAGUGCAAGGAAGCAUCAAACCUUGCCGCCUGUCUCCUCCGCAACUGCCUGCAUUGCCUUGUCUCUGUCACCACCUGUGAAUCUCGUCUUCUCCCAAUUGAUUACUCAACUCCUGUUUCAGACUGCUUUUACAUACGGAAAUGGGGGAAAGGAGUCCGCAUUGACCGCCUAAACAUCAAGUGGCACAUCCCCUCUGAGGCUGCAAGAAAUACAGCAGCCUCCCUUGUCCAAAGAUAUCUAUCUGCUGAGCUUGAGAUCCUGACGAAAUUUUCAAAGAAGGAAGUAGAACUCACCAGCUUGGAGAGCCAGGUGGAUUGUAGUCCCAUGGGUCUGCUUUUCUACCCAAAUUCCUGCAAGCCCAUAACCUUUGCAGAUGGAUCGUGUGUAAGGACUAAGGUGGCACAAAUGCUUCAUGUUGUUUUGGAGACUCUUCUCUCUUCCCCAUCCAGUGGAUAUGUUCAGGCUCACCUCCGACUCAUUCCAAGCUACCAUGCGAUACUCUUCUACUAUGGUGUCUUGCGUAGUGAAUAUGAGGUAAGGAUGAAGAGCUUCCACUACAUUAAGCCCAUGCUUGGGGAUCAGCUACAGUGCCAUCGGAAGCACAUCCGGCCCCUGCUUGUUGAGCGCACACACCUCCAGCAUGACCUGCGUGUCCUUGAGAGUGUCCCAAAUGCAGUCACACCUAUCCAUGAGCAGAUUCUUCGUGAUCUUCACAAACUCUCAACCAGUCACUAUACAGAAGUGAGGAUCCAAGGGCAGAGUGUGCUCCAGUCGUUCUUGAGCCACUUCCCGUUCUCGUAUCGCCUGGUCCUUGAUGAUACCCUCAACCUUCUUCGCAAGGAUCCCAAGAUAACUCAUGAGCAACUCAAGGGAGCUCUCUACCUGCUGGUGAGUGAGAAGGGAAAGGCCAUGAUUGUUAAACGGGAUUGGAGUUCCUUGAAGAAGAUCUGGCCUACCCUAGUCAUGGCACAUCACUCUGAGAAACCAUCUAUCACACAUUUGAUGGAACGUAUUAUAACAACUGUUGGAGACUACUUUGAGACCUUUGCCAUUACUCUUGAGAUUCCUGAAAGAGUAGUGGAAGCAGGAGGACGCCUGUGGGAUAAAAAGGAGGAUGGAUCCCCUCCACCAUCAUUUUCAAAGCCAACUUCAUCUGAGGUGAAGUUUGGUGAGACCAUAUUGGCCAACAAAUCAGCAGAAAACAUCAAGGCCUACCAUGAACUUGUUGAUCAUCUAACGGUUCUAUUAAGUAAUGAAAAUCUGCAUUGGAGAUUUUUCAGCUUGGGCAUUGGUGCACUGACCAUGCUCAUCCGCCUUGAUGAGAAACUGAAACCUAAGACGGUGAAGGUGUUUGUUGACAGCCUCAACAGUGACUUUCUGGGAGUCAGAAAGGUCAAAGCCUCUUUCUUCUUUUGGGCCAUAUUUGGUUUAGUGUGUGUGCUGAAACAGCAGAAGCAAUUGCACAAACUGAAGCACAUCCAACCAAUAGACCUUGCCCCCAAGAAUGAACAUCCCAAAACUCCUGUGCAAAUCCAAAGAGAGAGACGGAUGGGAGACCGAGAGGAUAAUAAGUGGCUUCAGUACAAUUCAAAGGCAAUGCCAAUGUCUCGUGAGGACUGGGAUGGGAUCCCAUAUGUGCACAAGGCCUGGAUUGGCUGGUAUGGCUGGCCAGAUCCCAUGAUGGCAUAUGCACCAAUCCUGGAGCAACCAAAGGUAGAUCGGACUCUUGAGGAACUUCCAGAAGAGGAGAAGGUCAUUAGGGACUUCUUCACAUCCAAAGAGUGCAUUGAGAAGUUGGUCAAAUUCCUAACCCUUGAGGAGCGCAAGGACCAGGAUAAAUUUGACAGCCGACGUUAUGCAAUGUUCAAGGGAUUGUUCAGGAACCAUGGGGAUGCUGUAUUGGAACUUCUCAAGCCUCACCUUGAGGAGAUGGUGGUCCACACCCGCGAAAGUCAUCAGAGGUGUGCUGCUGAGAUCUUGGCAGGGUUAAUGAGAGGGAUGAAGCACUGGCCAUAUGACAUGGUCAUUCGUACCUGGAAGUUCCUGGAUCCAUUGAUCAGGACAUCAUUGGCCAAAGUGACUCCUGAGUCUAUGGGAGAUUGGGGCACCUGCUAUGCCACUACUCUUGAGGACCGGGAUCCCCGUCGUUACUAUUGGCUUCUGGAGAUCCUCAUGGAUGACCCCAUCAAGAAGGAGGAAGGUGCUUUUCUCAAUGCCAGCCGUAUCUACAUGAUGCAGGGAGCAAUAUGCCCCCAAGAAUGGAAGGUAGCAGAGCUCCAGCACCGCUUUUUGAAAUAUGUCACUCCGUACUUGGACCACCAAUUUCAGAGUCUCAGGGAACGCCUUGGAAGGUCCUUCUUUUUUUUUUUUCCUCUUGAAAUUUUCUUUCAUAUGGAUAAUGGAAACUGUUGUUGUCUGGGCAGGAUAUUGAACACACUCUUCCACUAUGACCUCAGCAUGCCCAAGGGAUCCAAAUCACUGGGUCCAAAACGAAAGGAAUUUGUCAAGGAAGUGCUCCCAAGGCUCCAGUGUCUCCUAGAGAGUAGCAUGAAUUCUAAGCUCCCUCGUGAGUCCCCUUCUAAUCAUUUAGUGAUUGCACAGUUCACUGAGUCAACAUGUUUCUGUUCUGCUCCAAUAGGUAAUGAUGAAGCUCUCACAAGUGCACUCAAUUUGCUCCAAACUCUGUCUCGAUGGCUCUCAGGGAAUUUCUAUCUCUCCUAUAAGGCAGCCCCAGAGGAAGUCUUCCUCUUUCUCCCAAUUUUGUGCCUGAUGGAGAACUAUGAAGCUAAUGAAGAAGUGAGGAAGAUCAGCCUGUAUACAUUGGGUCAUUUCGCACAAGUCCUGAUCGAUCCCAAAGAUUUCCCUGAGCUUCUAGCCACGAUACUAAAGGUCGCAGGUAGUGGGCACUGGAAGUCCAAGGCUGCCCUGCUCGCUUACAUGCAAGUGAUGGUGUUCAGGAACCUGUUCGUUGUGACGCAAAAGGAGGAGUGGGUGCGUAAGAUCAGCGAGAUCGUGUUAAAUCUCAUGGAGGACCCACGUGUCGAAGUUCGUUCGAUGGCCGGUAAGGUCAUGUCGGGACUCCUGCACUGCGAAAUCCUUCCUAAUCAACAUGAGCUUAGGAGGACUUUCAUGAAGAAAAGCGAAAUAUCCUACAAGAAGGCUGGUGUGGAGGCCCUGCGAGCAAGGCAUGCUGGGGUCCUGGGCUUAUGUGCAUUUGUGGCAGCAUAUCCGUACGAUGUUCCUGAUUUCAUGCCAGACAUACUCAUGAUGUUGGGUGAUCAUCUUCAUGACCCAGAACCCAUCCCUACUUCCAUCCGAAGCACCUUGUCAGAUUUCAAGCGGACCCACCUCGAUAACUGGCAAGACCACAAGGCCAAGUUUUCAGACGAUCAACUAGGAGUUCUCACAGAUCUCCUGGUAUCCCCUAGUUACUAUGCUUGAUCAUCUACAGUAUAUUCGUCUUUCCUCUGCGUGGCUUCGGAGCGCAGCAGAUAGGUCGUGUGUUUUAUAUCGUCGAGACGUGGCUGCUUAUUUUAUGAAACUUUAAGUGAUGCCAUUGCGAGUUCAAGCUAUUGGUUUAUAUAUCCUUGUUGUAUGAUGGUAAAAUUUUGUUAACAGAUAAUAAAAAUUAUUUCUUCUGAUA